UCCCCUCCCACUUCCCUUCCCCCCCCCCCCCUCUCCCCUCCUCUUUUCUCUUAGCUUUCCUUCUUUUCCCCCAUCUUCCUUCCUACACCUUUCCCAUGACUACCGCUCCUCUUUUGUAUCCUUCCUCUCCUUCCAAAUCUCGACAUCCGUCUUGUUCUCUACAACCAGUCGACUCAAAUCUAGCUCCCGAACUACUUCAUUCGAGUCCUUCCCCUCCAUCGCGGCCGCUGCAAUCGUGGUCGCCCGAGCGUCCAAUUUCCCCGCUCAAUACAGGCCGGAACUUCACCUUCUCCAGCCCUUUUCUCCAGAGAAUGGCCGAGAGCACUUUUCCUGGGGGUAAUCAGCCCCUUCGCUUGGGCACGAAAGACGACAGCAAGCCCGCCACUUUUCACAAGAUCUCGGAGGAGGACGAGUACGAGGUGACGUCACCAACCGAUCCAACUUUUCGCACCGCCAACGCUCCCGCUGCUGCCUCAUCCUCGACCGGCAACAGCUUGUUCACAGGCGGUGGUUUCGGUGACGGUGGUGCCAUUCGUUUCAACACCCGGAGCCCAUUCGACGAUGGGUCGCGCGAGGAAGAUGAGGCUGCCGACGAGUUCCCCCCAGGCGACAUCCGCCCGACGGGUGUUCCCAACCCUGGCCUCCCCAACAACUACGCCUUGGGACGGAGGACAUCGGUGUCAGCAGAGUCUUUAAAUCCCACUUCAGCUGGCUCGGACAGCUGGGCCCCGCCGCAUCACCCCAAAUCAGAUGAGCAAAUCGCGCGCUUGAAGACCGCCGUCAGCAACAACUUCCUCUUUGCCCACUUGGAUGACGAUCAGUUCAAGACUGUGCUCGAUGCGCUGGUGGAAAAGCCCAUUCCAGCCAAAGACAUCAAGGUUAUCUCGCAGGGUGAUGCGGGAGACUAUUUCUACAUCGUUGAAGAAGGCCACUUUGACGUUCUGAUCCACCCUUCAGGCUCUGUGCAGCCAGGCGCCGAGGGUAUGGGCAACAAAGUCAGCACCAUUGGCCCUGGAGGCUCGUUCGGAGAGCUGGCUCUCAUGUACAAUGCUCCUCGUGCCGCGACCAUCGUCUCCGUGGAUCCGAAGAGCACCCUCUGGGCCCUGGACCGCAUCACCUUCCGCCGCAUUCUGAUGGAUUCUGCUUUCCAGCGUCGUCGUAUGUACGAGGCUUUCUUGGAAGAAGUGCCUCUCUUGUCCAGCCUCAAGCCCUACGAACGGUCCAAGAUUGCCGAUGCGCUGGACGCCAGCAAAUACCCCGCUGGAUCGACCAUUAUCAGCGAGGGUGAUCCAGGCGAUGCCUUCUACCUGCUUGAGGCUGGUGAAGCAGAUGCGUUCAAGAAGGACUUGGACGGCGUCGUCAAAUCCUACAAGCGUGGUGAUUACUUCGGUGAAUUGGCACUGCUAGACGACAAGCCUCGGGCUGCGAGCAUUGUCGCCCGCUCGGAGGUCAAGGUUGCUCGGCUGGGUCGCGAUGGCUUCAAGCGGUUACUGGGUCCCGUGGAGGAUAUCAUGAGACGGGCCGAGUAUGAGUCGAAGCCAAACCAGUCAUGAUUUGCAUACAAACAUUUUUUAGACGAGGAAACGCGAACUGGGAAGGUGCUAUGGGGUGGGGUUAUGUUUUAUUAUCUUUCUGUUCAAUGUACUUGAUGCUUUUCCUGGGACCUGCCUGGAGAGAUGUGGGUUCUGAGAUACAUGCAAGAUGGGGUUGAAGAAAAAGCUGCCCUCCGGUUCAUUGGCGAAACAUUGGUUUUUUUACUUAUUCUCUGCCACGGCAUUAUGGGAUUUUCAGACAGAUGCAACCUCCUGUUUAUGUGUCUAAUAGUGGACGCGCCGGUGUGGUCCGGUGUUCGUCCAGGUGUUUUCUUUGUUCAUAAUAUGUCUUUGACAAUGGUGGAUACAUAUUCUUUUGUC